AGCUCAGAUAUUAAUACGGUCUCCUAAUCGGAUUAACCCUUAAUGAUCUGCCGAGGUUUAGAGACAGUGUUUCCUUUCUCAGUAUAGACGAUUCUCUGCUGCAGACACUAAGAUGAAGGAUCCACAGCUACCAGGUUAUAAAUACCAAAAGGCAACUACAAAGCGAUAUGAUGAUAAAAAAAACAAAAAACAAACUCUGAUCAAACCCACCAGACCUCCGCUGCUGGGAUCCAGAGCACCAACUAUAACAACUGAGCAACAAAUGAAGCAGACAGUAUUUGAGAGGGUUGUGUAUGAAAUGUCCCACAAUGAAACAGUCAUCAGUGACAUUAUUCUGGGCAAAAGGAUCGCUUUUUACGAGCUCAGAGGGGAAAUUGGCACUGGCAAUUUUUCACAAGUCAGACUUGGUGUUCAUUCUUUAACUAAAGAGCGCGUGGCAGUCAAAACUCUUAAUAAAAGACGAUUGGACAAGAAGACACAAACGUUAUUUGCUUCUGAAAUCUCUUGUCUGGAAAGAUUGUCCCAUCCAAACAUUGUGCGUCUUUAUGAGGUGGUAGAAACAAGUAAACAACUGUACUUGAUUAUGGAGUAUGGCAGCGGUGGAGACCUUUUUUCACGCAUCAGCACAAGGGGACGUCUGUCAGACCUGGAGAGCAAGCUCAUCUUUGCACAGAUUAUUUCUGCUGUUAAAUACAUGCAUGAAAGCAAUAUCGUUCAUCGUGACCUAAAGGCUGAAAAUAUCUUCUAUACCACCAGCUACUGCAUCAAGAUAGGUGAUUUUGGUUUCAGUACUGUAAGUGGUUCAGCUGACAUUCUGACCACGUUUUGUGGUUCUCCUCCUUACGCUGCACCGGAGCUCUUUAAGGAGAAAGGCUAUGUGGGCCGUUAUGUGGACAUCUGGGCACUGGGUGUUUUGCUGUACUUCAUGGUGACUGCCACCAUGCCAUUCAAUGCUGAAAACCUGGGCCGUCUAAAGCGCUGCAUCCUGCAGGGUGUCUACACCAUCCCACAGUAUAUACCUGAUUCCUGCCAGCAGAUCAUUAAAGGCAUGCUAAGACCUGUUCCUCCAGACCGCAGCAGCAUUACCCAGAUCAUGACCUGUUCCUGGAUGAGUGGCAUCGACUACCCAAAGCCUUUUCCUUUCCUCAACCUGACACCCAGUCACCUGGUGGAUUCCUCCCAGGGCCUGUGUGCAGAGGAGGAAGAAGUCAAGUUUGCACUGAUGGACUUAGGAAUUAGCAGCAUGCACCUGCAGAAUAACUCCUGUGUAGAUUUGUACAGUCCCAUCACAGGAACAUAUCGUAUUUUACUGCAUGGCAUUCAGAAAAGAAGAUUGGUGGAGGCUGUGGGAUAUUCAGCACUGCGCCCUGAAGAUUUAUGUGACAGGAAGCAAUGGAGCAGCAAAUAUGAGCCCUCCACUGUCUGUACUGUGCUGUAAACAAUAGUUGCACCAGACGAAAGCCACUACUAAGGUGCUAAAUUUGAGCUAAAUCAUAUUCCAUAUGUACACAUUUAAAGAACAGGCCAGUAUGGGUUAAUGUAUUACAGAGAAAUGUUAAAGAAGUGCUUUUCUCACACUUAUACGCUUUUAUGCAAAUAUGCUAGACUUAGAUUUUAUGCUAAGUAGACAUUUUUAUUACAUGUUUGAUAUUUCCCAUAGAAAUAUGACAUGAUUUAACAUGACCUAUAAUUUACCUUCAAUAUUAUGCAAACAUACACUAUUAAACAGGUCGAUAUCACAGUGCUGUGUUUACACAAUUAAAUCGUUUUUAAGGCAUUGUGUAGUGUAAAUCAGCUCUGCUCAUAAGACGUCAUAGAAAUAUAGAACAUUUAAUAGUCUUUGUGGGUUUUUUUUAUAAACCAACAACAAAGAGUUUGUAAAAAUGUAAUGUAUUCUGCUUAAAUACAGUGAACUGCUGCAUGUUUCACACAAUAACUAAUAACCCACUUUUAACUUCUUAUAAUUUAUUUCUUUUUGAAUUUUCUCCACUACACAAUCCAGUGACUGUAAAAGUCAGUACCAAACUGAUAUUUACUUGUCUUAGAAUUCUAUUAAACCAGACAGUGAUUCCAGUGUAUAUAUAUAUUUAUUAUUACAUUUUGGUUUGGUUGCAGCUACAACUAUAUCUACCCUGGACUUAGAAAAUAUAUAUUUUUAAAUAGCUAUAGAAUUUCUACCUAUAUCUACCCUGGACUUAGAAAAUAUAUAUUUUAAAAUAUCUAUAGAAUUUUUUCUAGAAUUUUAAUAAAAGUCAUAAUUGUUUACAAAAAA